AAAAAGCCAAGAUGAAAUUUAUAGUACUUGCUGUCGCUGUUGGGCUAACUUUGCUGCUAGGAGUCCAAGCCAUGCCUGCCAAUCGCAUCUCUUGCUACAGAAAGACCCUAAAAGAUCACAACUGUCACAACCUUCCAGAGGGAGUGACUGACCUGACAAAGAUCGAUGUAAACGUCCAGGAUCACUUCUGGGAUGGGAAGGGAUGUGAGAUGAUCUGUUACUGCAACUUCAGCGAAUUGCUCUGCUGCCCAAAAGAUAUCUUCUUUGGACCAAAGAUCUCUUUUGUGAUUCCUUGCAACAAUCAUUGAGAAUCUUCAUGUAUUCCAGAGAACAUCAUCUCUCAUUUCCCACAAAUUGCACUAUGUCAACAUAACUGCAUUUCAAGUUUCUAUCCAGUGCAAUAAAGCACAGAUUCUAUAAAUUCUUACUUGUCGAAGACAGUAAACUUGUGUUUAAAUAAGUAGUAAUAAAAAUUAAUUCAAUUUAAAUUUUCUGUGGACAUUGUUGGCACUGGUUAAAAAUUUGGGCUAGAAAAUUUUCAUCUAUGAGGUGUUCAGUAGGCUCAGGAUUUUUGAAUAGU